UCCAUCGGCAUCAUAGCACGCACCAGUAACCACCAUUACUUCCGCUGCUGCGAAUCUCAGAGAAGACACUGCACAGAAAUCAGAAUCAAACACUCCCACUUCACUCAGCCUCUCUUCCUCUACGAUCACUCCAAUUUCGGAACUUUCCACAACUUUUGCUCUUCUUCGUGAAAUCAUAUAGUCGAUUACUUGCUGCUAUGGCGGUCGGUCGGAGUAGCUUCCUCCGCGGCGUCCUCUUCUCGUUCCUCUACAUUUCUCUGGCCGCUUCUUCUCUGCCAGCUCACUCUCAAUCUCAAUGCAGCAGCGCCCACCCACCCGUGAUCUUCAACUUCGGAGAUUCAAACUCCGACACCGGCGCUCUCGUCGCCGGCCUAGGUUUCCCCAUCGACCUCCCCAACGGCCGCUCUUUCUUCCACGCUUCCGCCGGCCGUCUCUCCGACGGCCGCCUCGUCCUCGACUUCCUCUGCCAGAGCAUUAACACUAGUUUCUUGACGCCGUACCUGGACUCUCUUUCUGGUUCGACCUUUACCAAUGGCGCAAACUUUGCUGUUGUGGGAUCCUCAACACUUCCAAAGUUCGUGCCUUUCUCGCUUCACAUUCAAGUAAUGCAGUUUCUUCACUUCAGGGCUCGCUCCCUUCAACUUGGCAAGCCUAUUACUCAACAGGGCUUCCACGACGCGCUCUACAUGAUCGACAUUGGACAGAAUGAUAUAGCAGAUUCCUUUGCCAAGAACAUGUCUUUCGCCCAAGUCGCCGAAAGGAUCCCCACCGUCCUUGCCCAGAUUGAAGAUGGUGUUAAGUCUUUGUACGACGGAGGAGGGAGGAAAUUCUGGAUACACAACACAGGUCCAGUAGGCUGCCUGCCGCAGAAGCUCUCAAUGGUGAAAGACAAGGAUCUCGAUCCAAUCGGGUGUAUCUCCAGUUACAACCGAGCAGCGCUGCUCUUCAACGAGGGGCUGCGUCGUUCGUGUGAAAAGAUGAGGUCCCAAUUAAGGGAUUCCACCAUUGUCUAUGUAGAUAUAUACUCCAUUAAGUAUGAUCUCAUCGCCAAUGCUACCAAAUACGGAUUCGCUAGUCCGCUGAUGGCAUGCUGUGGGUUUGGAGGGCCACCCUAUAAUUAUGACAUAAGGGUGCCCUGUGGUCAGCCGGCGAGUGAAGUGUGUGGUGUGGGAUCUCGCUCUGUGAGCUGGGAUGGGAUCCAUUACACUGAAGCUGCUAAUGAGUUUGUGGCAUUAAAGGUGCUCUCCACUGCUUACUCGGUUCCUCGCCUGAGUUUCAACUUCUUCUGCCGUAGUUAGGGGUCUUUGCUGCAUUGAGCAAUGUCUGUAUGUGCAUGAAUUAAUGGCAGUGGCAAUGGCAAUGGCCUUCUUGUUUGUAUGUCUGUAGUUCUAAGAUGUAAUUGCUCUCAUCACCUUAUUUUGGUUAAUAUAUUACGAACUAUUUUUAUUUAAGAAAUAAUGAGAUUGUAAGAAAAAAUAGGAGACAGAAUGCUCCAUGGAGCUGCAAUUUUAUCACUUCUCGUGAACAGAUGGUUGUCACCGUCAAGGACUUAGGGUAGGGUCAGUAACCAAUGGUUACUAACCUAUAAGUAACUAAAUUGGACCUUUACAU